CGGGUAGCACAAACCAUCGUGAUGUUGCGGAUCGUUUGUUGGACCACGGUUAUGGUAGCAUGCAGCCUUCUACAGUUUACCAGCUGCGCUGUAGAAACCGAAGAACAGAAAGACGUGAUAUUUCUACAACCGGGACGCUUGGUUUCGUACGCGUACGAUGAGUGGAGCAUCUCUAGGCCCGGUUUGCUGAUGUAUUGCUACCCGGGCCAAGAGCAAACCCUGCUGAACGCUUUCUGUACCGUCUCGAUACGAAUGCACUGCGAUCAUGAUAACUACAACCAGUACCUGGGCAGUGCUCCGGCAGAGGUGAAGAAGCACUACAAAGCCGAACAGAGUCUGUUUAGCUUUAAUGUGUUUGCUUCACGAAAACGACGGCAGGUAGAGCUGGAACCGUUUAACCAAAGCUGUCUCGGUGUGGUUUCUUCCGGGAAGUAUGAAAUCGAGGUACUGCUUAAUCGGUUUGAUCUGUGGCGCAUUAGCCUGCUGGUGUUGGGCGUACUGCUGUUUUUCAUCGCCCUACCGAUGAGCCAAAAUCCUCUGUUCUACUACACGGGAGGAAUACUCAUCGGACUGACCUCGUUCGCCCUAGCGCUCGUGUAUAUGUUCAGCAAAAUGAUGCCCUACCGACCGCUCAUGCUCGGUGUGAUGGUGGGCGGAUGGACGCUUGGCUUUUACGGCAUGCAGAUGAUGUACGAAAACUUGCGGCUUAUCUUUGUCCUUUACCAACAUUACGUGUUUUGGUAUUUGGCCAUCGUUGGAUCGAUCAGUUUCUUCGUCUGCUAUCGGCUUGGUCCACCGAAGGAUCAUCGGAGCAAACGGGUUAUUCAAUGGACGCUGCAACUAAUCGCCCUGACGAUGGUGUUCUUCAGCAGCUACCAGCGAACUCUGGCCACCGGGUUUGUGCUCGUCGUUAUUGCGGCUUACUAUCACGCCACACCGCUAGCACUGAUCCGCUGGAUAACGGGUCGGUUUCGCAAACGUUACCCGGGACGCCGACGUUUGCUUACGGUCGAGGAGUUCGAGGAGCAGGGUCGGAUCGAAACGGAUCGGGCGCUUAAAGAUUUGCGUGAAUACUGCCGCAGUCCGGAGUGUAAGCAGUGGACGACGAUGAUGAGGCUGCGUGAUCCGGUUCGCUUCGCAUCGUUUGUGGAAGGUUCACCGCACGUGAUGGAUGAAGAGUGCUUCGAGUACGACACUGUACACUCCAGCAUAAGCAACGAUGAGGACGAGUCGGAAGAAUUGCAGGGAUCUAGCGAGGAGGAAGAGAACUGAACGAGUAAUAAAGGACCUGUGAG